AUGGAGUUUUUUGCUGCUGUUAAGUUUGGUGGACUAUGGAAAUCGAGUGAUAUAGAACUCUCAACUUUCUCUCUCAAUACCCAACCUUUCUUCAAUUCAUUCGGAAGCUACAACAUUCCUACUGAUAACACCCCAAGAAGUAAUGAUGUACGCAACAAUUCCCCUCUCAAUGCUGCCAGUUCUAGUCUCAAUUCCACCCAAAGUUCUUCUCAAAGUGGUGAUGGUUCCAAUGAUUCUCUUGGUGGUGGAUCCGACUCUACUACUCAGGUAAAUCCUAUACCCCACAAUCCUAUUCUUGAUAAUUCAAACCCUGCUUUUAACCAAUUCCCUGUCAACAACAUAAACUUAAUAGCAUGGAACCUUAGAGGCUUUGGAAAAAAAUCAGCAAACAAAGAACUUAGUAUGCUUUGUAGGAAUGUUAACCCUGAUAUCAUUUUCCUCUCUGAGACUAAAAUGGGGAAAGAUAUGGCAGCCAGAAAACUUAAAAACAUGGGUUUCCCCUGCACUUUCAAUGUUCCUAGUGUUGGUAGAAGUGGUGGUCUGGUUUUGGCUUGGAAAAAAGAAAUUCAUCUGAAUGUUGUUUCUUCCAGCUUGAGGGGAAUCUAUGUGACUUCAACUGAUAUUAUCCAUUCUAAAACUUGUCAUAUUCAUUUUGUGUAUGGUGAACCUAAUAAUACCCUCAAACCGUCCUUUUGGGAACAACAGUGUCAAAAAACUAUUGCCCCCAUAGAUGAACCUGUCUUUGUCAUUGGUGACUUUAAUACUCUUUUAGGAACAUAA